AUGGCAGCACAACCGACUCACGAUACCGUUACAUUGAAGAACAUUACAGGAAGAAGUGAUUCCAUAUUGCUUCUGAAUUCAAGUAAGACUCCGAAGAAGCCCGCCAUUGAACAUGUGCAACCGCCAGGUAUCCUUGGAAGAUUGCGCUCAUUUAUUCCUCAAAUUGCGGCAGCAAACGAAGCGUUGAGCAACGCUGAUUCCGAGAAAUUGGAUGCUGACGUGAAUAAAGUUGACUUGGAUUUGGACGAAAGUGACACAAGCACCGAUGACGCUGCCAGUAGCGACGAGAUCGAAAGUGAUGUUGAUGAAGACCCGAAGGUUGAGUUCAACAUUUCGCUCUUCCGCGCUCAGCAAAGUGAUGAAGAGAACGACAUGGAUUUGAAACUUGACGUCGAGCAACUACCUGAAGGUUUUCGGGAGAGGGAUAAUUCGCUGUCAUGCGAUGGCCCUCCUUCUGAUAAGAAACCUAAAAUAUUAGUCGAAGAGUUGUGA